AUGGGGCUUAUCUACGUUGAUGACAUAAUAGUGACUGGAAAUGAUUCAAAGCAGCUACAACUAUUUACUUCCAAACUAAACAAAACUCUUGCACUCAAAGACCUAGGAGCUUUAAGCUACUUUCUUGGAAUAGAAGUUGUUCGCGAUUCAUCAGGCAUGUAUCUGUCUCAAGAGAAAUAUGUCACCGAAAUGUUAAAGAAAUUCAACAUGGUAAACUUGAAACCAUGUCCAACUCCUAUGACAGUUGGAAAAUCGAUGUUUAUUGAAGAUGGUGAGUUGCUGAAAGAUCCAACACUUUACAGAAGCCUCAUUGGUGGAAUGCAGUACCUUGCACACACUCGACUAGACAUAUCAUUUUCAGUGAAUAAGCUAAGUCAAUUCUUAAAGGCUCCAACAACCACGCAUUGGUCUGCUGUCAAAAGGAUACUCAGGUACUCAAAGGGAAACAUACAUCACGGACUGCACAUCAAAUACAGUGAGAGACUCACUUUAACUAGCUUUUCAGAUGCCGACUGGGCCUGCUGCCCUGAUGACAGAAAAUCUGUUGCUGGCUAUUGCAUUUUCUUUGGAGAUACACUUAUUUCCUUGUCCUCUAAAAAACAGACUGUUGUUGCCAGGUCUAGCACAUAA